AAACACGACAGCUUCCUAGAAGAAGAGGCAGAGGACGCUUUCCUGCUCACCUAUCCGCGUAAUGGGUCGCUCGUAGGCACCAGUGUAGCCCAUACGCUGCACUACUGUCUGUUCUAUCACUAUCUCGCACCCGAAGACCGUCUGAGCUCGCACAAGGGCAUCAUGAAGGCCUUCGAGGUGUGCUGA